UUCAACCAUGAACUCACCCUCAACUCUAGCCUCCUCCUCCUCCUCCUCUUCAUCUCUCUUCCGUAUUAACCACCUCACUCCCACCAAACCCACCCCAACUUCUCUUCUCCGUUUUGCCCCUCCACUUUCCCAUAAUACCCUCAAAGUCUCCGCCUCCACCAACAACUCCGUCCUUCAAACCGCCAAGCAAUACGCCAAAACCGCUAUCCUCAUCGGCGUCACCGCCACCGUCUUCCACCACCACUCCAAACUCCUCGCGCGUGCCGACCACGCGCCGCCUCCUCCCCCGCUCACCGAACCAGCUCCAGCUCCAGAUGAGAGCCACCAGGCCUCUCCGCUGUCCGAUUUCCUCGGCUCCAACGCCGACGCCGUCGCCGCGCUCAAGUCGCUGCUCCAGCAGAAGCUCGAGAGCGGCGAGGACGACGAGGCGCUGAAGAUCCUGCAGCGCCUGGCGGAGGCGCAGCCGGCCGUGACGGAGUGGAAGUUCCUGACGGCGAGGCUUCUGAGCGAGAUGGGGGAGACCGGGAGUGCACGCCAGGUGUUUGAGGAAAUUCUCGAGACGAAUCCGCUGUCGUUUGAGGCCUUGUUUGAGAACGCAUUACUCAUGGACCGCUCCGGCGAGGGCCACGCAGUGAUCAGGCGGCUGGAGGAGGCGCUGAGGGUGGCGGAGGAGGAGAACAAGGUGAAGGAGGCGAGGGAUGUGAAGCUGAUAAUGGCGCAGAUACAGUUCUUGCAGAAGAAUGUGGAAGAUGCUUUGAGUAGUUACAAUGAGUUGGUGAAGGAGGAUCCUAAGGACUUUAGGCCUUAUUUUUGCAGGGGAAUGAUUUACAGCUUGCUUGAGAGGAAUGAUGAGGCGAAAGAACAGUUUGAGAAGUAUCGGCAGCUUUCACCCAAGAAGUUUGAGGUGGAUGGUUACUUGAGAUCGCCAUUGUCAAGAAUCAAGCUUUUCGGCAGCGAUGAGAAUUGAGUUGAGUUGGCUCAACUCGAUGCUUUUACUUACAUUGUUAAACUUCUGUCAUCUGUUGUUUUUGAUUGAGACUUCACUGGAAGUCGAAAAUAAGAGGCUAGACAUUUUUGUUCAUUCGAUUUAGUAAUAACAUCAUGAUAUAAAAUGCAGCAACC